CUAAAGCACUUAAACAAAAGUGAGUUAAUCCUAUUAUAAAAUUCAGUAUUUACUGCAUUACACAAUUUGAUUGUUGCUGUAUUUUCUUUUAGGUUUCAUGGUGAUGCUAACACCCUUGAAGUGUUUCAACAUAUCAAUGAGAAGAUUGUGAUCCAUGAGAAGCGCCAGAAAUGGUCGCAAUAUCCUUUCAGAACCAUUCAAGAGAUGAAAUACUGUGAUAAGGUUUUUUUGAUUAUAAAAAUAUCAUUUAUUAUUUAUUAUCAAUUUUAUAACCUUAUUUUGUGUUGUUUGUAGGGUGGAAAUUACAGAGUUAUUUGUUCGGUUUAUGCUGUUGAUCCCUGGUGACUUUAAUUUAGAGAUGGACAACCGUGAUAUUGUUUUGCAAGAGAAACAAACUGGUUGGCUUAAGAGAAUAAGUGAGAUACAUCCGUCUUAUCUCGCACUUCAGUAUCCGCUCAUUUUUACUUAUGGCGAAGAUGGUUUCAGACUGGGAAUAAAAAAGAGAGCCACACCAGCUACAGAGAAGCUAAAGAGGGAUCACAUUAGUAUGAGACAGUGGUUUUCAUAUCGACUGUUUGAAAGAGAUGGAGAGUGUCAAACGCUGCUGCAUUCAAAAAGAUUGUUCCAGCAAUUUUUGGUUGAUGCAUUCACUACCAUUGAGACUAACAGAUUAAGUUAUUUGAGGCAAAAUCAAGUAUGUUUGAGGUCUGACGGUUAUGACUCAAUCAAGCAGGCUGAGAACCAAGGCAGUACAGAUAUGAGUCAGCAAGGACAGCGAUUUAUUCUGCCAGCUUCCUUUACAGGAGGACCAAGGUACAUGAAAAAUAACUAUCUGGAUGCAAUGGCCAUUUGCAGACAUUUUGGUUUUCCAGAUCUUUUCAUCACAUUUACAUGCAAUCCAAAAUGGCCGGAGAUUACUAGAUAUUUGUCUGAACGGAAAUUGAAAACAGAGGAUAGGCCAGAAAUUGCUUGCCGAAUAUUCAAAAUGAAGUUAGAUUCUCUAAUGGAGGAUUUAACCGAUAAUGAGAUCAUGGGAAAAACUGUUGCAUGUAAGUUUUUUUACAUCAGUCAUGUUUCAUUUUAACACUUUUAAGUAAUAUAUACAUCCUAAUUUUAUUUAUCUUAUUAUGCAGCUAUGUAUACUGUUGAGUUCCAAAAGCGUGGUCUACCACAUGCUCAUAUAUUGUUAUUCAUGCAUCCCAGCUCUAAAUUCUCUACGACUGACCACAUUGACAAGAUAAUUUCAGCAGAGAUUCCAGACAAAUCCAAAGAGCCAGCGAUUUAUGAAGUGGUGAAAGACACGAUGAUUCAUGGCCCUUGUGGAAUUGUUAAUCCAAAUUCACCGUGUAUGGAGAAUGGCAAGUGUUCUAAGAUGUUUCCGAAAUCGCAUGUAAACAGAACAACAGUAAACAAAGAAGGGUUCCCAGUUUAUAUGAGACGGGAUAAUGAUCGUUUUGUUGAUAAAAAUGGUUUCAAGUGCGACAACAGAUAUGUGAUACCCUAUAAUAAGGAGCUAUCUCUUCGGUACAGAGCUCAUAUUAAUGUGGAGUGGUGCAAUCAAUCGGGGUCUAUCAAAUACUUAUUCAAGUAUAUCAAUAAGGGUCAGGACAAGAUGACUAUCACUGUUGAGCCGCCAACAAAAGAAGCUUUGGAGAACAACGUGAACAACCAAAAAGCAAAGGAAGAGAAUAAAAAUGAAAUUAAAGACUUUUUCAAGGGCAGGUAUAUUGAUAUCUCGCAUUUGAUACAUUUAUAUACUUAGUUUUUUAAUUUUGUUUUCUGUUUAUGGAUCAUUCUUUUUUUUUAUUUUAGAUAUGUAUCUGCGUGUGAAGGUUCAUGGAGAAUUUUGAAGUUUCCAAUUCAUUACAGAUCAAUACCAGUGGAGAAGAUUUCAUUCCAUUUGCCAGGGAAGCAAAUAAUUGUAUUCAAGGAUGAUGACACUUUUGAGAAAGUAACAAGUCGUGUGUUGAUUCAAAACACAAUGUUCUUGGGCUGGUUUGAGCUGAACAAGGUUAGUGCUAUCGCUAGGAAGCUUACUUUAGCAGAAAUUCCUACGAGAUUUAUUUGGGACAAAAAGGAGAGGAAGUGGAAAGACAGAAAAAGAGGUUUCAAUAUUGGGAGAAUUAAUUAUGCACCGAUUAGUAUAGAAGAAGCUUAUUAUCUGCGUGUCCUGCUUAAUAUUGUUCGAGGACCAACCUGCUUCGAUGACAUCAAAACAUAUAAAAAUGUCCUUUACCCUUCUCACAAAGAGGCAUGUUUUGCACGGGGUUUAUUAGCAGAUGAUCAAGAAUAUAUAGAUGAUCUAAUCAGGUCAAGCUUCUCAAGUUCUGCUUACUCUAUGCGACAUGCUUUUACUGUCAUGCUUAUGUCCAAUAGUUUAUCAAAACCAGAAAGAGUUUGGGAGGAGACAUGGGAGAUUCUUUCCGAAGAUGUUCAGUAUAAUCAAAGAAACCAGUUUAACAGACCAGGUAACCUAAAACAAUACGAUUAUACUUAAUUUUUAACACUAUAUAUAUAUAUAUAUAUAUAUAUAUAUUGUUCUUAUUUGUUUUGCUAUUUUCAAAAAUAGGAUUGUGUCUGACUGAUGCUGAGAAAAAAGAAGGUGCCCUUAUUGAGAUUGAGAAGAUUCUGAGAAGUAAUGGAACUUCGUUAUGUAACUGGAAGUCAAUGCCAAAACCCUCCCGCGAUGUUAAUGCUUCUCAAAACGUUUUGAUAAUGGAUGAGCUGAGAUAUGACCGACAAGUGUUAAGAAAUGCACACGAUACAGACUUUUUAAAGUUAACGGACGAGCAAAAGAAGAUAUAUGAAGAGAUCAUGGAUGCUGUUUUAGAAAAAAAAGGAGGAGUUUUCUUUGUCUAUGGAUUUGGUGGAACAGGAAAAACGUUUCUAUGGAGGUUAUUAUCUGCUGCUAUUAGAUCCAGAGGAGAGAUUGUUUUGAAUGUUGCUUCAAGUGGUAUUGCUUCACUUCUGUUACAAGGAGGAAGAACUGCACAUUCAAGAUUCGGUAUACCCAUCAAUCCUGAUGAGUUUUCUCUGUGCAAUCUUACACCAGGGACAGAUGCUGCUGAUUUGGUAAAAGAAGCAUCUCUAAUCAUUUGGGACGAAGCACCAAUGAUGAGUAGACACUGUUUUGAGUCAUUGGAUAGGAGUUUAGCAGACAUUAUGAGAAGUGCAGAGAAGAAGCCAUUUGCAGGAAAAAUUGUUGUUUUUGGUGGGGAUUUUAGGCAAAUAUUGCCUGUUAUUCACAGUGCAUCGAGGGCUGAAAUAGUUUUAGAGUCUCUAAAUUCAUCAUAUCUCUGGAAACACUGCAAGGUGCUCAAACUAACAAAGAAUAUGAGGCUGCUAUCCACUGAUAUGAUUCCCGAAGAGUUAAGAGAAUUGGAACUGUUUUCUCAAUGGAUAUUGGAUGUGGGAGAUGGAUUAGCUGGUGAACCUAACGAUGGUGAUGCACUAAUCACUAUUCCAGAUGAAUUUCUUAUUAAAGAUUCAGAUGAUCCAAUAGCAUCAAUAAGCAAAGAAAUAUAUGGAGAUGCAACAACUCUACAACAGAACAAAGACCCUAAAUUUUUUCAAGAAAGAGCGAUUCUAUGCCCUACAAAUGAGGAUGUGAACCAGAUUAACCAGCAUAUGUUAGAUGAACUUGAAGGUACCUAAAUUAUUCUAUUUGUUAAAUUGAGAGAUUUUGUAGGUUGUUUGUUAUGAUUAACUAAAUUUUUCUCUGUAUUGCAGGAGAUGAAAGAAUUUAUUUAAGCUCGGACAGCAUUGAUCCAUCUGAUACAGGAUCUGUUAAUGAUCAGGCUCUCACUCCAGAAUUUCUCAACACUAUCAAAGCAUCAGGUUUAC